AUGGAAGAUCAAGAAUUACCAUCAGAAUCAACAUCACGCCCAAUUUUUCGACAAAAUCUCAAUAAAACAAUUAGUUCAGCAAAUACACACAUUGGAAAUAGUUCAUCUUCAAAAGUUCCUAAUAAAAUCGUUAAACUAACUUCAACAACAGCAAAAAGAAAUAAUCCAAAAACAAAAAGACAAUUUGGUUCACGACAGAAAAGAACAUAUACUCAAUCAACACCAAAAUCGAAAACACCAACAACAACCUUUGACAAUUAUAGUAGUACUGAUGACGAUAUGAUUGGUGAUCAUGGUUCAACACCAGUACAAAAAUCACGUUCAAAUAAUUCUUCUACAUGUCAAAUUAACAUCAAUGUAGAAGAAAAUUUAAUUCAUCUUGAUGAUCCUCUGGCAAGCGAUGAAACAGAUAACAAUGAACCUAAUCCACCAUCGAAUGUCGUGCCAAAAACAACUACUAAAACCAAACAAGAUGUAUGGGAGUACUUUACGAAACAAUAUAAUGGAGAAGUUAAAUGUAAUUUAUGUCCGAAUUCGUCAAAAGCAUUUCCAAAAUCAAACCAAUUAUCGGAUACAAACCUUCGUAGUCAUCUCGGUCGAGCUCAUAAAUUUACAGAUUUUCUUUAUCCAUCACAACGUCCAACGAAACAAUUACCCGAAGAAGAAACUCUAUCUGUAUCUGGUCAAAAUAAAAAAGCGUUAGAUACAGCCGCUAUUCAAGCAAUUAUUGAAGACUCACAUGCAUUCAAUAUUUUUCGUAAAUCUGGAAUGCAAAAGUUUCUGUCAUUGGCUACACCAGGUUAUCGUGGUCCAAAUCGAAAAACAGUUGUUAAACGUUUGAAAUCUAUGUACAAAGAACGACGAUCAACAAUUCGUAAUAAUUUAUCAUCCAUUUCGGAUAUAUCAUUAUCAGUUGAUAUUUGGAAAAGUAUCCGACAAGAUCAUUUCUUAUGUUUAUCUGCACAUUAUUAUGAUGAUCAUUAUGAAGCUAAUUCACAUGUUAUUUCAUUUCGUCGUUUUCUUGGUACACAUUAUAGUGAUCGAAUAGAACAAUUUAUUAGUCAUGAAAUCGAAAAACUUAAUAUUGAAGCAAAAAUACGUUCAAUAACAACUGAUAACGGAGCUGAUAUCCGAUUAGCUGCACAAAAUCAAUUAAAGUUUGGAACAAGAAUUUCAUGUUUAAUACAUGUUUUGAAUUUAGUUGUACAAAAUGGUAUGUGGUUGUUCAAAAUACCAAAGCGACAAACUUUAACAUUAUCUUCAUCAGCAAAUACCACUUCAUCAACAAUAACAAUAACAAAAUCAAAUCGAACAUCAUCAAAAACAAAUACAAUCAAAUCAAAUACAGCAUCAUCCUCAUCCAAUAAUAUUAAAUCAAAUUCAGCAUUAUCAGCAUCAAGUACAAGCAAAUAUAAUACAACAGCAACAGCACUUCCUGAUUCAUUCACUGAAGAUGAUGAUGAUGAUUUUACAAUAAAUGAUGAUCAAGUUUUGGACGAAGUAAGUGAUGAUAACAAAAGUGAUAAUAUGAGUGAAGGUAGUGAUAUUGACAAAUCAUCUGAUAAUACAUCAAUAACAACAUCAUCAUUAUCAGAUAAUGAAUCGAAUUGGUCAUCUCCAGAAAACAAUACUGAUAAUGAUGAAUUAAAUGAACCAUUAUCAUCAACAAUUACAGAAGAAGAAGAAUUUCUUAGUCGAUCAUUUGCUGAACCAUCAAUUCUAUUAAUCAAAGUCAAUGUUAUUCUUAAACGUGUUCGAAGACUUGUGGCAAUGAUACGAAAUACAAGUGGAUUGAAUAGAUAUGUUAUCAAAGAAAUAAAAUUACUAUUGGAAAAUAUAAAUCGUCAACGAGAAGCUCAAAACAAAAAGAAGAUUAACUUUAAACAUUUUACAUUGGAUAUGAAAAUUAGAUGGAAUUCGUCUUUUAUAAUGAUAUCACGUUUUGUAUUAUUUAGUCCUAUCAUUACUUCAUUAACACAUAAUCCAUCUAAAGAAAUCAAUUUGAAACCACAUCAAUACAGAAAAUUAAAAAAACUGUCAUUUACAUCACUUGAUUGGUCUAUAUUAACAGCACUUGAAAAUGUUCUUGAACCAUUUAAUCAUUCAACAAAAAUUUUUUCAAGUCGUCGGCGACCAACUUUAUCCAUCAAUCAAUCUUUUAUUCAUGCUCUAAGAAAUUUUUUAACACUAGCCGAUGAUGCACCAUUAACAAUCGAAAAUUUAUUAAAAAAACAACUAUUGUUGAAUCUCAAUUUUUAUUUUGAUAAACAUGUUAGUGAUGAACAAUGUAAAGCAAUGUUGAUAUCCUCGUUUCUUGAUCCAACAACGUAUCCAUUUUUGAGUUGCAAUGAUAAAAAAGAAGCAGAAACCAUCAUCUGUAAUGAAGCUAAACAACAUUAUAAAAAAUUAAAUUCUCAAUCAUUAACAUCAUCAAAUCAAUCAUCAAUAACUAAACCAUCAAAUAAAGAACAACAAAGUAGUCAAGCAACGAUAUUGCAAAAUUUUUUUUUAACUUGUGGUAUUAAACUGCAAGCGACAUCAACUGCUUUUAAACCAUCAACUAUAAAAGAAGAAAUUGCUCAAUAUGUUGCAACGGUUAAUCUUUAUCAAACUUUUAGCCAAUACUGGUAUGCAAAUAAAGAUCGUUUACCUAUUUUAUCUUCAUUUGUUCGUCAAUACAACAUCAUGUGUGCGACUUCCAUUGAUUGUGAGAGUUCCUUUAGUAUUGCUGGCUUUAUUCAUCGUAAAAAUAGAUCUUCAUUGGCACCGUCAACCUUGAGAUAUUCAAUGAUAUUACGUGAGCAAGUCAAAAAUGAACAAACAUAA